AUGUCCAUGACAAUGACUUACAGCCAGUCUGUAUCUGGCGGAACCCCCUACAUCGUCAACAAGCAAUACAUUGGUGCUAUCGGUAUCUGCCACGCCACUGGAGGCUCCACGAACACCUAUGUGAACAACCUGCUUCAUCGAUGCAACUACAUGCCCGGUAAGGAAACCAACGGAUUCAAGAUUAACUACGACAACGACACGUCUCUGUAUGUCUUCCACGGUUCGGCCGUCAACCUGGCAUCAUACUGCGAGCAUAUGGUUGUUCUGUGCGAGGGCGAUAUGUCUACCAAGGUUCUUGCUCUGGCCAAGCUCUUCGUCUUCUUCAAGGUGGAGUCCAUCACCUGGGUCUGUGAGCCCUCAGACCUCGAGAAUGUGCGACGAGUCGUCAACGAGCAUCUUGAGGGGAAGACCAAGCUCCAGUCGCACUUCUCCUAUCCUACUGAGUACGUUGGUCCUCUGUUUAAGAUUUCUGCCGGUGAGCAGACCAAGAAGAACCUGCGAAAGCGACUCAUGCCCUCAUUUGGCCAGGAUCCCCGCUUCGACAUCAUUUCCGUGAAGCCCGGAAACCUCAUCUUUGGCCGAGUCUCCCAGGGCUCCAUCAAGGCGGGCGAUAAGAUCUUCAUGGGUCGACAUGGUCCUCCUGUGUGCUUCCACGUUGAGUCCAUCACUGGAGGCAAGCAGACUCUGAUUGCCAACGAGUUUGCAGAGCUCCAGGUCAACUGCCCUGUGACUCUUAAAGCCGGAGAUCUUAUCGAGCCCUUCAAGGCACCUCUCCGGGACAUUCCCUACAUGGAGUGGGGCCACACUAAGCAGAGAUUCGAUACCAUUUACAUGCAUCGAGGCGCCGCCACCGUGCCACUGUUGGUGGAUCAGAUGAACCGACAGGUGACCUUCCAGAACGAUAAGCAGGCUCUUCUCAUGUCUGCUCUCGGCAGAUAUUGUCUGAGUCUCGAUAAGGAGGGUCUGGUAGGAGUCACCCGAAUGUCUGCUGGCGCUGGAUACAGCGAGCAUGACUAG